AUGGCCUUCCUCUGGCUUCUCUCCUGCAUCACCCUCGUCGGGGCCGCCUUUGGCUGUGGGGUCCCGGCCAUUCGUCCAGCUGUGUAUGGCAUACAGAGGAUCGUAAAUGGAAAGGAUGCUCGUCCUGGCUCCUGGCCCUGGCAGGUGUCUUUGCAGGACCGCAAGGGCCUCCACUUCUGUGGGGGCUCCCUGAUCAAUGAGAAAUGGGUGGUCACUGCUGCUCACUGUGGGGUCAGCACAUCCCACCUGGUUGUUGCUGGAGUGUUUGACAAGGGAUCAAAGAAGGAGAAUGUCCAGGUCCUGAGGAUUGCUCAGGUUUUCAGGCACCCCAACUACAACACUAUCACCCUCAACAACGACAUCACCCUCCUGAAGCUGGCCACACCGGCCCGCUUCUCUAAGAUCGUGUCUCCCGUGUGCCUGCCCAGCGCUGAGGACACUUUCCCUGCCGGGGCCCUGUGUGUCACCACGGGCUGGGGCAGGACCAGUUCCCAUGGUGCGGGCUCCAACAAACUGCAGCAGGGCACCACGCCUCUCCUGUCCGAUGCCCAGUGCGUCAAACUCUGGGGCAGCAAGAUCACCGAUGCCAUGGUCUGUGCAGGCGGCAAAGGUGUCAGCUCCUGCAUGGGCGACUCUGGCGGGCCCCUGGUCUGCCAGAAGAAUGGAGCCUGGAACCUGGUGGGCGUCGUGUCCUUUGGCAGCAGCACCUGCUCCACCAACAUGCCUAGCAGUUACAGCCGCGUCACCAAGCACAUGCCCUGGAUUCAGGAGAUCCUGGCUAAAAACUAAGUCCUGUUUCCUCCCAUCCCAACCUCUAGUGUCCCCAA